CAAAAACAGCCCCCACCAGACCAAGGGGAAGGGGGCCGCGAUCUUUACGGGACACCCUCAAAGCCUGGGAGGGGGCCUUCGGGGUGGGGUGUGUUGACCCCAGACUGUUCUGCUGCUUGGAUCCCCUUUUAGCUCUCUGGGUCCAUGGUCGAAAAAGAUAACCCAGCCCAGCAAGGCUUGGGUUCCAAACCCAAGGUUUCCCGUCCGGACGUCAACCCGACUUUCUGCCGCCAUGAAGUUCCACAGGAAAAAAGACAUCAAGGACCAGAUCCGGGAACUGCGGGCCAUCAUCCGCCUCCAAGAACAAGCCAGGCUGCUUUUUGCCGACGGCAUCAAGGAGAUGGUCACCAAGAACAGGGAGCAGAUCCGGUUUAUGCGGGGGGCCCUGCGGGAAGAGGUGCAUGAGCUGGACCUUUCGCUGAAGUAUGACCACGUCACCAUCAACAGGGCCUGCCGGGAGAGGAGAUACCUCAGAACCACUAUGUCCGAGUACUCCAUGGAGCAAGCUCGGGAGCUGCUCAGCAGCUACGUCUUUGACCGGAUGAACGCCCACAACGUCCUGCUGUACGAAGUGAAGCGGCGGGGGAAACGCCUGGAAGAUCUCCAGCUGAGGCUGCAGCAGCUGAUCGAUCUGGAAACAGCGGAUCCCCGGGUUCAAGCCCAGCUGCAGAUCAUCCGUCAGCUGGAGAACGACAUUGAGAAGAUGCACGUGAAGAUCAGGACGGCUGAAAAAAAUAGGUCCCUGUACCUGAGGAUGAUGGACGUGCUGAGAGACGAAUUGGCUCAUCUCCCUUUCGCCCUGGACGACCUGGAGCGCCGGGUGGCCGUCUACCAGGUGGAGCUGAAGGGGAUGAAUCUCAUGACCGUGGAUAUGGUGGAAGCGAUGGAGGCCGCCAAGGGAGACAUGGUGGCCACCGAACGGGACUUAAUUGUAGAGAAGAGAAACAGGGAAAAUAUGCUGAGCAGCCAGAAGAAGCAGAUAGAACGGAUCCGGACGAAGGACACCAGCGAGAAAUACCGGAAGAUGCAAGCUCGUCGAGACAUGAACCUGGACUUCCCCACCCUGAUGGGCCACGAAGGAGCAAGAGGGACAAAACUGGAGCGCUCGAAAGCUCAGAUCGAGUAUCAGGGCUUAGUGACUUCCGAGGUGGAGAAGGUCAAAUCUGCCGUCCAGUGCUCCCACCUCUGGGACAUCGCCGGGAGGUUCAUGGCGCAGAAGAAAUCCGAGGAGAACCUCCAGCAGCAAAUUGCGGAGUCGGAGAAGAAGCGCCGAGCGCUGAAGGACCAGCUGAAGGAGCUGGAGCUGGUGAGAGCCGAGCUGAAAUUCCACCAGACCCCCAGUUUCCUGAGUUUGAGGAAACUGAGGGAGGAUUUGCAGAGAAACCUGGCCGAGGAGGAGGAGAGGCUCCAGCGCGUCCAGUCUCAGGCGUCCAAGAACCAGGAGCUGCUCCUCCGUUUCGAGAACGGGGUGGACAACCUCAUGUUGAGGCUGUGCGGCAUCCAGGUGCCCGGCCAGGAGGAGGACUUUGAAGAGGGCAGGGAUGUGUUUGAGAAUCUGCAGUUCUGCGAAGCCAAGCUCCUGCACCUGGUUCAAAAGAUGUCCAACCUGCCCUCCUACGACUUCAGCCAAGAAGAGACCAACGAGGAUUUUGUACAUGUGAGGAAUUUCCUAGAAGCAAGUACGAGAAACGAACGGGAGAACCUUAGGAUUGCUUUCGAGGACGAUGAAGAGGAUGUGAGAGAGGCCUUCAAUUUCGCCGACAUCGACCACAGCUACGUGCCCAACCGGGAGGAGAUUAUGAAGCAGGGGGUGAAGCUGAUCGAGGACAAGACCAAAGUCUCCAAGAAGAAGCAAAGGGGGUCCAAGAAAUGAGGCCUCCUGUUGUCAUGUGUUCUUUCUUUUUUAAUCGUGCCAAAACAAACCUCCCCCAAAUGCAAAUAUUUUUAAUAUAAAUGAAUAAAAAUAGGUGGGCGGCUCUGUUCCAUUUCUUUCAGUUCACCAUCUGUGGCUCCCUGAGCGAUUAGCUGUACCCGAAACACCCGCCUACCAUUGUCUUAAUAUGGAGAGAGAGAUUUUUAAGAUUGUGCUCCCAGCCCACUUUAUUUUCAUGCUAAGCUCCACGGCUGGUUCAGCAAGGAGAGGAAGCUGGCAAAAGGAAGGAAUAAAAAAAGCCACACAAGCUUGCGGAAAGAGGCAUUUAUUUAGCAAUCUUACUAAAAACUGAGUGGACAGAAAGCUGAAGUGCAAUGUCUUGCAACAUCUGUGUGUAAACCAUGAGCAGGAGAUGCCAUUGACCAUGUGCAGAGUGCUUUUCUCACUGUGUUGCAGACUUGCACCCCACACACUGGGCUUUGGGACCUGGGAAGCUUCUGAAAACGAGGGACACCAGGCACCCAAGUGGGCGCCUGGAGAAGUUUUCUUUCAGUCUCAAAAUACAUCCACGGUCAUGUCAAAAGGCAAGCGUUUGGCAAACGCGAGAACGAGCGUGUGCGCCUUGUUUGUCCCACGCGGACCACCGUAGGCAGCGGGCUUUUCUUUGCGUCCCUGGUUGCCUAGAAACGAAACCAAGAUGGCGGCGCAGGGGAAUCCUCCUUCUUCCACGUGUCCUUAACGGCUUGCCGUAGGCCACUCUUCUGUUGUAGACGUACAUUUAUGAAGGCAAUAAUAAGCAUGAUAUUACUGUUUUUAAGACUACGAAUAAUGUUCCUAUUACCACAGCCCUUUCUCCUCCUCUCGUUCUCGGAUUUGGUCGCCCAUGAA